AUGCCGACAACAGCUACGUCAGCAACAACACCCGCAACACCAACGCUAGUGACAGUCGUACCCGAACCAGCGCCAUCUUCAUCGCGCAUACUGUCACCUGCAACACUUCGCGUGACACCCACACCGCUAAAACACAAGCGACCUGACGCAGAAUACGUGUCGCCCAUCAAGAAGAUGAAGAAAACAAUGCAACACCAGAAGCGCCGCAUUAUUGACAGCAUUGACGAUCUACGCAAUUUCAUCCAGAACAACGACGUCACAAACUCAGACAUUCGCGAAUCCUUCCAAAUCCAAGCGCACCUGCUAUGGACUGUCAACGAAUACAUUCACGGCCUACGCUUCCUGCGUCUCUACCUCGGCGAACAAAGAGCACCUGAGUCACUCCACGAACAACAAACGGAAUACCAACAGGCACAGCGCGACGAUCUCUUCCACGCCAACCAAUUCCUAAUCACUCUGUCGUUGUACGACAUUGCAGCUGACAACCCAAGUAUCCCGUCUCUUGGCUCCAUUAUCGUUUUCGUACCAACCAAACUACGCUUGUACCGCCACUGCUGCCAGGUCGAAACCAAGGUAUACCACAUCGGGACAGUGACCCCACCGUGAUUCCACCACAUUCAUCUUCAACAGCCUACGUAUGCAUCUCGAAAAAGAUCUACGACAACUUGACAUACAUUCACUCACUCACAACUGACACAGGCAUGCGCAAUCUAAGUCUAACCAACAUCUACUU